CUUUUCGGCACAUGCUUAUUGUUACCUCAGUUUCCGCAAGCUUUGUGAUUCAAAUCGGGGGCAGCGCUACCAUCUGUUUUGCAAGAUAGAAUAAUAUUGCUCCCCUGGGGAAUAAAGCAGCAAAAGGAUAUAGAUAGCUCGACCUUUUGAGAGCACUGGGCACACCACAUUAGUCAAUCCUCAUCUUGACGUUCCUCAACAUUAAACCUCGAUUAAACUGGUCUUAACUGGUUCAGAAGAUGAUUCUUCCACCUAUCAUCGCAGCCUCGCUCCCACCACCUCCAGGUCCCCAUGCCGUAGGCUACACUUUCCUCGUCCACCCACCUCUCUCUCCUUUUUCUCAUUCAUCUCCCACACUGAAAUCUACAGGCAAGCCUGCAUUUCAAAUCGAAGAGAUCGGGUAUUGCUUGUUCUAUCCCGGUUUGCCUGAGGGUAAGAGAGGUAAAGAAUGGGUAAGCUGGGUACCCGAUCCGUUUUGGGGGGUGAUAAGGGGGUACGAGAGAUUUCUGGGUGGCAAAGGUGGGGUGUCAUGGCUCGUUAAACCACUGGGAUACAUUGCUGGAAGGCUUCAGAUGCCUCUACAUCCUCGAGCACCUCUCAAGCCAACAGACAAACCAUAUCCCCUUCUCAUCUUCUCUCACGGUCUCGCAGGUACCCGCCACACUUACAGCCAAUACUGCGCUGCUCUCGCUUCAGAAGGUUACGUUGUGCUUGCUGUAGAGCACAGGGAUGGAAGUGGUCCGGCCGUGGUUCUGCCACCAGAGGGCGAAAGCAAGGAGUCGAGAGUGUUGUAUUAUACCGGCGUAAAUGAUAUCAGCUGGGCAGAGGGCGAAGAGCAUCCUGUAACACAUGCUAGGACAUUACAGCUCGACAUACGGACAAGAGAGGUGUACGAGGCGUACCACUCGUUUAAGCGUCUUCUCUCUCAUGAAGGCGACUUGAGCAUCAAGAUCGAAGGGCUGGAGGGCGGUGAGCGGCAGAACUGGAUUGACAGCUUGAAGGGCAAGGUCGAUGUUGAUGACCUAAGGCUUACAGGCCAUUCUUUUGGUGGUGGCACUAUUCUUCAUCUGCUUCAAUCUCCCCCGCCGUCCACUCUUCUCCCUUCCCUCCCAGCUAAACAAGCUAUAUCCCUUGAUCCAUGGCUCGAACCUCUCCCAGCACCGUCAGACAUCCUCCAAACCCCACUUCCCUCGUCUCUUCCGCCGACUCUGGUGAUCAAUUCCGCCGGCUUUACAGAAUGGCCUGAGCAUUGGGAGAAACUAGUGGAGAUAAUGAAGGGAAAGGGUAUCUUGAUAACCAUGAUUGGAAUCGGACACCAAGCGUUCUCUGACUUUCCUCUUCUCAGUCCAAGAGGUUAUUCUCACGCCCACUCCAUGAUUCUCAAAGUCCACGAACUAUCUACGGCUUUUCUGAACAAAAAGCUUUUGAGCGGAGCUGCCCUCGCUGGGAAGACACCAGACAAAGGUGAUUAUGAGAAAGAUGAAGAUGGUGUGAAGAUUAAAGGAAAAGCUGCUAUGAAAGACGGGGACGUCCUAUUGCAUUUUGCUGACAGAGAAUAGAGUGAGAUAUAUUUGUAGAUAUUAUAUUAUAUAGAGUGUAGAUAGUGUUGCAUUCCUAUAUUUGUAUGCCAACGUAUACUGUC